UUUGACAAAACAACAAAUUCAAUUUUUUCAGCUCAUAUGAAAGUCUCCUGCAUCCUAGCUAGACCGGAGCCCAUCAAAGUGAUGGAAAAACAUGCCAAGUGUUUCGCGGGUUCCACCGAUUGCGUACCCUACUUCUAUAAUUGUUGGAUACCGUUUGGUUUCCGAGAAAAUUUUAGUUAGUGUCAUGGCUUUUCUGCCACCAUUUUUCAUCUGCUUUUUGUUUCCCCUCCUGCUGGCACAGCCCUUUUCAGCCACUGUGCAGACCUACCAAAAUAUUUCCUUAGGCUCAUCUCUCACUGCAAUGAAUGACGACACAUCCUGGCCAUCGCCAUCUGGUGAAUUUGCAUUCGGUUUUCAGAAAAUUGAAAAUGGUUGCUUCUUACUAGCCAUCUGGUUCGACAUGAUACCUGAAAAGACCAUUAUUUGGUCUGCCAACAGGAAUAAUCCAGUGAAGAGAGGCUCCAAAGUUACGCUUACUGGAGACGGCCGAUUAGUGCUUAAUGACCGAACUAGCAAAUUCAUAUGGGAGGCUGAUACUGCCGGCCGCAGACCCCAUUUUGCAGCCAUGCUCGACAAUGGAAACUUGGUUCUUGCAAACUAUGAUUCAAACAAUUUGUGGGAGAGCUUUAGCUAUCCAACUGACACUCUAUUGCCCACACAAAGUUUAAGCCAAGGCAGCAAACUCAUUGCUCGUUACUCAAGCAAGGAUUACUCGACUGGAAGAUUUGUACUUGAAUUACACUCUGAUGGCAAUCUCAAACUCUGUACCACAGCUUUUCCACUUGAUUAUGCUGAUUCUGUCUAUUGGUCAUCGAAUACAGAUGGCAGUGGCUUUCGGAUGAUCUUCAACCAGUCUGGUGAAAUUUACCUUGAAGCGAAAAACAAAAGCAUACUUGUGAUGUUCUCCCAAAAUGUACCUUCAACUCAAGACUUCUAUCAUAGAGCCAUUCUUGAAUUGGAUGGAGUUUUCAGGCAUUAUGUGUACCCGAAACAGCCGAGUCUUCAUGACUCCGUGUGGCCUAUGAAGUGGUCUCCUGUGUCAUUCUCACCGCCAAACAUCUGCUUGCAACUUACAGAAAAUACAGGCAGUGGAGCUUGUGGAUUGAACAGCUAUUGCAUUCUUGGAGAUGAUCACAGAUCAAAUUGCAAAUGUCCACCAGGUUAUACAUUUUUGGAUCAAGAUGAUGUCAUGAAGGGAUGCAAACAGGACUUUGUUUCACAGAAUUGUGAAGAGGCAUCACAAGCAGAGGAUCUUUUUUAUUUGGAAGCAAAGGAGAAUACAGACUGGCCAACGUCUGAUUAUGAACACUUUAUGAUGGUAAGUGAGGAUUGGUGCAGGAAGGCUUGCUUGAGUGAUUGUUUUUGCGCUGUCGCCAUUUUCAGAAAUGGGGAAUGUUGGAAGAAGAGAAUUCCUUUAUCAAAUGGCAGGGCCGAUUCCAGCGUUGGAGGGAAAGCGCUUAUAAAAGUAAGGAGAGAUAACUCAAGUUUUCAGCCUGAUUCAUCGAGAAACGGCCACCGCUCAGCUUUACUCAUCAUUGUCUCACUGUUAUUUAGUAGUUCAGUGUCUCUUAACUUUCUGCAACUUCUAGGAGCUUUCUUGGCUGUGUUCUGCUUUGGUUAUGGGAAAACAAAGAAGAUACAGUCAGAGACAACUAUGCAAGGGAUAAAUCUGCAAAGUUUCACUUAUAGUGAAUUAGAAAAGGCCACAGACAAAUUCAAGGAAGAAAUUGGUAGGGGUGGUUUUGCAACAGUUUAUAAAGGACUUCUAGCGUUUGACAAUGGAACUGUUGUUGCAGUUAAGAAUCUGGACACUAUGAUGAGAGAAAAUAAGAAGGAAUUUGAAACAGAAGUGAGGGCAAUCGGCAGAACAAAUCAUAAGAAUCUAGUGCAACUAAUAGGAUUAUGCAAUGAAGGAGAACAUCGACUUCUGGUAUAUGAAUUCGUAAGCAAUGGCAAUUUAGCAAAUUUCCUAUUUGGAAAUUCAAGACCCAGUUGGUACAAAAGAAUGAAAAUUGCAUUUGGGAUUGCAAGAGGACUCUUCUACCUGCAUGAAGAAUGCAGCACUCAGAUCAUACACUGCGAUAUCAAACCUCAAAACAUUCUUCUUGAUGACUCAUUUACUGCAAGAAUUUCUGAUUUUGGACUGGCCAAGCUUUUGAAGGCAGAGCAGACUAGAACUUCCACUGCAAUUAGGGGAACCAAAGGUUAUGUAGCCCCGGAAUGGUUCAAGAACCUGCCUGUUACCGUCAAGGUUGAUGUGUACAGUUUUGGAAUUCUGCUGCUAGAGCUUAUCAGCUGCAGGAAAAAUUUUGAACCAGAGGUAGAGGAUGAAAAUCAGAUGAUACUGGCAGAUUGGUCCUGUGAUUGCUACAAGGAAGGGGAAGUGGAGCUGCUGAUACAGAACGAUGAGGAGGCAAUGCAAGAUAUCAAGAGAGUGGAGAAGUUUGUGAUGAUUGCAAUCUGGUGCAUUCAGGAGGAUCCAUCACUAAGACCUACUAUGAAGAAAGUCACGCAAAUGCUUGAAGGAGCUGUGGAAGUUUCUGUUCCUCCAGAUCCAUCAUCUUUUAUUAGUUCAGUUGGAUCCUUUUUGUGAUAUUCACAGAUGAUCAUUAGUUUUAUAUACCCAACAAGUAGUUUAAUGAUCUAUCAAAUGCAUAGCAUGAUAUAAUUUUUCUGAUUGGAAGCCCAGAAAUUCAUUUCAUCAAGUAAUUGUAAACUCUUUAAUUGUCGGUGUUCAUCUGACAUAUUACUAAAAAUAUGAAAUGAUUAA